UCUGGGUGUGGCAAAUCCAAAGAAACCAAGCUCUCCUCCCUUCCUUGUGACUUCCAAGGGACACACCAUGGCAUGGCAGAGGCUUGUGCAAAGAGGCUCACUUCCCCAUGAACAUCUGUUCAAUGGGCAAGAAGAGAGCUUUGCUCUCCAGACAAUGUCUUUCCCCAAUACCUUUGUUUAAAUAACAACAGCUCUUCACCACCUUCCUUUGAUUUGGUUUCUUCCAUAGGAGACCCAUGCCCUGGCAAUAAGAAGGUCCCAGAGCUCUUUCACUCUUCGGAGCUACACAGGUUUUUUUUUUUUUCUCUUCUUUCCUUUCCUGUGCAACAAGGAAAUAGGUCACAUUUCAAAGAAACAAGCAAACGUAGGUUAGUGGAUGGUGCGGCCCGUUCCCCUCUCGCAUCGAUUUUGGAAGACAUUUCUCACUUGAAGAAUAUUUUCCCCUCUUUCCUUUCUUUCUUCAAAAUUGCUGUGACAAAACCCUGACAAGACACCCUGCCCAUCUACAAACCAGAUCGAGCACCAGCAGCACUUGAGCCAACCCAAGCAGCCCCAGUAAGCGCGCAGAGAUGCCAGAUGCUGCUGCUCACCUGCCCUUUUACUAUGGCAGUAUUGCCAGGUUGGAAGCGGAGGAAUACCUCAAGCUGGCAGGGAUGUCGGAUGGCCUGUUCCUGCUGCGGCAAUGCCUGCGCAGUCUGGGGGGUUAUGUCCUCUCCAUGGUCUGCAACCUGCAGUUCUACCAUUACGCCAUCGAGCGCCAGAUGAACGGUACCUAUGCAAUUGCAGGGGGCAAAGCGCACUGUGGGCCAGAGGAGCUCUGUGAGUUUUACUCCAAGGAUGCUGAUGGGCUCUGCUGCACCCUCCGCAAGCCCUGCAACCGCCCCAGUGGUGUGGAGCCCCAGCCCGGUGUCUUCGACAGCAUGAGGGACAAUAUGGUCCGUGAAUAUGUCCGGCAGACGUGGCAACUAGAGGGCGACGCACUCGAACAGGCCAUCUUAAGCCAGGCCCCACAGGUGGAGAAGCUCAUCGCCACCACAGCCCAUGAGAGGAUGCCCUGGUACCAUGGCAGCAUUGCCCGGGAUGAAGCUGAACGGAGGCUCUACUCUGGGGCACAACCUGAUGGGAAAUUCUUGCUGAGAGAAAGGAAGGAGAAUGGUGCCUACGCCCUCUCCCUCAUCUAUGGCAAAACAGUAUAUCACUAUCGGAUAGACCAGGACAAGUCCGGCAAGUACUCCAUCCCUGAGGGGACCAAGUUCGACACGCUCUGGCAGUUGGUGGAGUACCUAAAACUCAAACCGGACGGGCUGAUUUUCUACCUGAGGGAAACCUGCCCCAACCCCAACAUGCCAGCAUCUGCAGCACCGGCUCCACCAACCCACCCCUCCAUGAGCAGAAAUCUUGGGCCUCUCAAUGCAGACGGAUACACACCAGAGCCUGUAGGUGCAGGAAAGUCACGCCUGCUACCCAUGGACACCAGUGUCUACGAGAGCCCAUACAGUGACCCUGAAGAACUGAAGGAUAAGAAGCUUUUCCUGAAGAGGGAUCACCUGAUGAUCGAUGAAGUGGAGCUGGGGGCAGGAAACUUUGGCUGCGUCAAGAAAGGAGUCUACAAAAUGAGAAAGAAGCAGAUCGAUGUGGCCAUAAAGGUGCUCAAAAGCAACAACGAGAAAACAGUGAAGGAUGAAAUGAUGAAGGAAGCCCAGAUCAUGCAUCAGCUGGACAACCCCUACAUUGUCCGCAUGAUUGGGGUCUGCGAGGCAGAGUCCCUGAUGCUUGUGAUGGAGAUGGCUUCUGGAGGGCCACUUAACAAGUUCUUGGCUUCCAAGAAAGAUGAGAUUACAGUCAGCAAUAUUGUGGAGCUAAUGCACCAAGUAUCCAUGGGAAUGAAGUACCUGGAGGAUAAAAACUUUGUCCACAGGGACCUGGCAGCCAGAAAUGUCCUGCUAGUCAACCAGCAUUAUGCCAAGAUCAGUGACUUUGGACUCUCCAAGGCUCUUGGCGCUGAUGACAGCUACUACAAGGCCAGAACAGCAGGAAAGUGGCCCUUGAAAUGGUAUGCCCCAGAGUGCAUCCUCUAUCACAAGUUCUCCAGCAAGAGUGACGUAUGGAGCUACGGCGUGACCAUGUGGGAAGCCUUCAGCUACGGGCAGAAACCAUACAAGAAAAUGAAAGGACCAGAGGUCAUCAGCUUCAUAGAGCAAGGGAAGCGCAUGGACUGCCCCACGGACUGCCCAGCAGAGAUGUACGCCCUCAUGCAGCAAUGCUGGACCUACAGAUGGGAAGAGCGUCCAGGAUUUACUUCUGUGGAAAAUAUAAUCCGCUCCUACUACUACAGUAUUGCUACCAAGACAGAAAAUGGGCCAGAGACAGACAACAAUUCAAAAGCAACUCUUCCUUGAGUUUCCCUCUCUUCUCCUCAACACACACUCUUAGAAUCAUAGAAUCAUAGAAUUGUUAAGGUUGGAAAAGACCCUUAAGAUCAUCGAGUCCAACCACUAACCUAUCACUGCCAAGUCCACCACUAAACCAUAUCCUCAAGCACCACAUCUACCCUUCUUUUAAAUACCUCCAGGGAUGGAGACUCCACCACCUCCCUGGGCAGCCUCUUCCAAUGCCUGACAACCCUUUCGGUGAAGAAGUUUUUCCUAAUAUCCAACCUAAACUUCCCCUGGCACAGCUU